ACUGAAUCUCCCUUCCCAGGCAGUAGUGAGAUAGAGGGAAGCUAUCUGAAGAUGGUUCUGCUAGAGAAGCUGUGGGACGACGUCGUUGCAGGGCCUCAGCCAGAUCAAGGCCUAGGCAGGCUCAGGAAGGUCAUCGCCACUCAGCCCUUAACCGUCAAAGAGGAAGGAGAAGGAAGCAAGACUCAAAGGUCGUUGUCGAUGCCGGCGACGCCAACCACACCGACGACUCCGACGACGCCACUGUCGGCGCGUAAGGUGGACAACGUCUGGAGGAGCGUGUUCAAUCCUGGGAGUAAUUUGGCCACCAAGACGAUCGGUGCUCAGAAGUUUGACAAACCUCUGCCUAACUCUCCCACUGUCUAUGACUGGCUCUACAGCGGUGAAACCAGAAGCAAGCACCGCUGAGGAGAUGGCGUGUUACCAUCACUGUGGGUUGUAUGUAAAUAGCAUCCUUUGAUAUUGAGUAUAUGCCAUGUGUCACUAUACAGCUACGUGCUCUAACCGGAUUGGUCUGUUAGCUGAUGACGAUUGAGCAUAUAUGGUUGUCUUUAUUCGUAAGUGACGUGAAUGUAAUGUUUAGUUGAGACUCGGAGAGUACGUUUUUGUUGUCUCUAGUUUGUUUGGUGUUUUUUUUUUUUUUAAUUCUGGGUGGGCUGAAUGGUGGGGUUUGCUUUUGUUGGUCAGAAGACAAUAUAGAAAUAUCUAAUUAUCAAAAGAAAUCGGUUUUUGUUUACUA